ACGUCAUCAUUACGCGACAGGUGUUUGAAGAAGAGCGCUAUCUUUUUUAAUCGUGUUGAAGGUUGUUUUGAAUGGCGACAAUAUGAUGUUUGGACAAAACACUGGCGGACUGUAGUGAAUAUAUACGUAUGAUAAUUCAGUAUCUAAUUUUUGCUCUCAAUCUGAACAGCAGGAAUGAAUGAGGUGCAGUCAAUGCCGCAGGGUCUGACAGAAGCCUGGAAUACAGUGACAUCUGAAUUACUGUCUCCCGUGCCACCGGACGCUUCAACCAGUGAGGUUCUCUCUGGUGCUUUAGCCCUGCUUUGUGAGCACGGACUGAGUCAGUAUGCGGAGGGUUGGCUGCUGGAGACGCUACAGGUCCGUCUGACCACAGUUGUUGCUCCAGAGUUCUGGACUGGACUCAAACAGCCAGAUGGGGAGUUAGAGGAGAGGGACAGGGCAGCAGCUUUACUGGGGGCCUUUAGAAAACUGCUGCAACAGCUGGAGCCUUUCCUUGGUGGUCUGGAGAGAUUAGGGUCAUGGCAGGAUGAGGGCCACGGGCAUCUGUGUGGUCCAGGGGCAAGAGGUCUGACUGAGAGAGCUUUCUCUGUCAUUCGUGCCAUCCUCCUGUUUUCGCCUCCCCUUGUGCUACAUGAGCGGGUGUUGGAGUUUUACAGGCGCACAUUCUCCGUGCACAUGAGUAAGGCGGGGGAAGCUGUGGUGGCUGAGGAGAGCGCCGUUGAACCCAAUUUAGGUGGUUUGUGCCCAGGCUGCGAUGCUGUUCCUCAGCUGUGUUGGUGUCAGGAAGCCCUGCAUCAGCUUCAGGAACUCAGCUACAUACUCUCCAGACUACAGCUGCUGGAGCGUGUGAGCUCAGAGGCCGUAACCAGCAUCCUGCAUAAGCGCAUUGAGCAGAGGAUGGAGGAGCGCUGCAGGGGCGAAUAUGAGAGCUCUUUUCUUACAGAAUUCAAUGAGUGGCUAGAACAGAUUCUGGGGUGGCUGAGCAGGGUGUUUACCAGUAAGGUGGAGGAGGCGUGCCACAAUGCAAUGCCCACUGAUGAAAACACUGGUCAGCCAGCCAAUCCGCUUCUCCAUCGCUGGCACUGUCACAUGCAUCAGUUUUUUUGCCGCAUCUAUGUAAACAUGAGGAUAGAGGAGCUGUUCAGCAUUAUACGAGAUUUUCCAGAGUCUAUUCCUGCCAUUGAAGAUCUCAAGUUCUGUUUGGAACGGACUAAUCAGAGGCAGCAGCUCCUUGCUUCCCUCAAAUCCGCCUUUGAGACACGACUGCUUCAUCCAGGAGUCCACACAUCUGACAUCAUCACUGUUUAUAUCUCUGCCAUCAAAGCUCUGAGAGAGCUUGACCCCUCCAUGGUAAUCUUGCAGGUGGCAUGCCAACCCAUUCGCAAGUAUCUCAGAACUCGUGAGGACACUGUACGUCAGAUAGUCGGCAGUCUUACGGGUGAUGCGGAGGGUUGUAGUGAUCUGGCCAAUGAGCUUUCUCGAGCCGACCCUGUUACCUUGGAGACACAGGACAGUGAAGAUGAAGGCAGUGAUCCAGAAGACUGGACCCCAGAUCCUACUGAUGCGCUCACAGAUAAAACCGGCUCUAAGCGGCGCUCCUCUGACAUCAUCAGUCUGCUGGUCAGCAUUUAUGGAAGUAAAGAGAUCUUCAUUAAUGAAUAUAAGACUGUCAUGGCAGAUCGACUUCUGCAUCAGCUCAACUACAACACAGCCAGAGAGAUUCGUAACGUCGAGCUGCUAAAACUGAGGUUCGGCGAAUCGCACAUGCACUAUUGUGAGGUGAUGCUAAAGGAUGUAGCAGACUCUCGGCGGAUCAACACUAAUAUACGUGAGGAGGAGAGUCGUCUCCCUCCAGAGGAGCAGCCUACGUUGCCAUUAUCUGCAAUGAUCCUCUCCUCUGAGUUUUGGCCCCAGCUGAAGGAGGAAAAGAUGGAGCUGCCUGCAGUCGUCUCCAAAGCUAUGGAGGACUAUACACACCGCUUUGAGAAACUCAAGGCCAUGAGGACUCUUAGAUGGAAACCUCAUCUGGGCUCUGUUACGCUGGACGUGGAACUGGAGGACAGAACCAUGUCAAACCUCACUGUGUCUCCCAUCCACGCUGCCAUCAUUCUACACUUUCAGGAAAAAGGCACAUGGACCUUAGAAGACCUGAGCGGCGUUCUGGGCGUCCCGCAGGAGAUGGUGCGCAGGAAGCUGGCGCUGUGGCAGCAGCAGGGCGUCGUGCGGGAGGAAGCUGGUGGACGCUAUACCAUACAGGAGACAAGCUCCUCCAGAGAGAGAAGUGACAGAAGCGUUAUGCUCAUUGACAGCGAUGAAGAGGGAGACUCCAAUACUGCAACACAGUCUGAGCAGAGAGAGGAGAAACUACAGUUGUUUUGGGCCUACAUUCAGGCCAUGCUGACCAACCUGGAGAGCAUGACUUUGGAGAGGAUCCACUCGAUGCUGAGAAUGUUCGUGGCCGCCGGGCCUGGUGUGACUGAGAUGGAUGUAAAUGAGCUGCAGGCAUUUUUGCAGAAGAAAGUCAGAGCUCAUGAGCUUAUUGUGUCUACUGGUGUCUACAGACUACCCAAGACCACUCAAUAAUCCGUAUUGAGCAACU